AAUGAGUGAAGAUUGGACAACCAAAAAAAUAGACAAAUAUGUUGUCGUCAAUAAAACUUUGGGAUAGGGAGCCUAUGGUACAGUGUUUAGAGGAUUUUUGUAGGAGGAUGAAACCAAAUAAGUGGCUGUCAAAACGAUAAAGAUUGCUGUAAAUACUCAGUUUAUUUAUUAGACAAUUUCAGACACACCUAAAAUGAUUGAACUAAUAAAGAGAGAAAUAGCUAUUUUAUAGAAAAUUAAUCAUCCAAAUAUCGUGAGAUUAUUUGAUGUAGCAAGAACAAACAAUUAUUUGUAUAUGUUCCUUGAAUAUUGUGCUGAUGGUGAUCUUAAAGAAUAUAUGGCUAAAAAGGAUGAAAAGCGACUCAGUGAAGUAUAUUUAUAUUCUGAUUCUUUUAGUUAGAAGCAGUCAUAUUUAUUAAACACAUUGUAGAAGGAUUUAAAAGGUUGUACAAACAAAAAAUCAUACAUCGAGAUAUUAAACCUGCUAAUAUUCUUCUUCAUUAAGGUGUUGCAAAAAUCACUGACUUUGGUUUUGCUAGAGUUAUGGACAGUGAAAUGAAUGGUAAUAGAUAUUUCAAAUUACUUAUUUAGAUCCUGCCUAUUUAUCUAGACUUGGUUCACCUCUCUAUAUGGCACCAUAAAUCUUGGAAGGUUAGCCUUUCUCAGCUAAAUGUGAUGUCUGGUCUGUUGGGGUUAUGUUUUAUGAACUUCUGUAUGGUCGACCACCAUGGGCAGCUGAAACAGCAUUUUAACUAUUAGAGAAUAUUAAAAAAUAAGUAUAUCUAAUGUUAAAUUUAGCCUCUUAAAUUCUUGCCUAAACCUGUUAGAUCAUAGAAAGUUAAGGAACUUAUUACAUUAAUGUUAAGGGUUUAAGAGAAGGAUAGAAUAUCAUGGGAAGGUGUAUUUGAAGAUCCUACAAUAAAGAUAGAUGAAGAGAGAAUGAAAGAAAACAUGAGAAAUAUUCUUAGAGAAAAAGGUAUAGGAUUUUAAAUAUAUAUAAAUAGAUGAGGUAUCUAAAUCAAUUAGUUUGAAUAAAUUAUAUAUUGAUUAAAAUUUGGUUGUAGGAUAUCUGGCUAAGAAUCCUAUAAAUACAUUAGAAAACUCUAAUUAAUCAACUUUAGAUGCAUCAUCAGAAGCAAGAUCGUAAUCAGCAAAAUUUUCAGGUUAAUUUGACUCUGAAUAAAAUGUUUGAUUAUUAAUUUAUAAUUAGGGUGAAAUAAUAAUGAGUAAUUAUAGAAAUGAGAAAAAAAGAAGAGAUGCUAUGUUGAAAUACAAUAAUUACUUUUUAUUUGAGAGAAAUAUUGCAUUUUUCUUUAAUUUUGUAAUAUAAAAAGUAAUAAAAUUAUAAACUAUUUAAAUGCUUUAAUUAGCUAAUGAUAAUUACUUUAGAUUAAUAUAUUUAAUAGCUAAAAAUUAGAUGGUACAUUUAGAAAGAGUUAAUUAAUAAUUAUCAAGAAAGGAACAUGAUAAAUUUGAUAAGGAAACUUGGGGAAGAUUUUUGGUUUCUUAAGUAUUUAAAUAAAAUUUAUAAAAUUAGGAAUAUUAAAAACUAAUAUAAUUGAUUUAAAUGGAUAUGAAACAUUCAUCUGAAUUCUUUUCUGAAAUCUCUAAGAAAUGCAAUUAAGUUUAAUAAGAAGAAUUAUAAAAUGGAAAAGCAUCAAGUUAAACAACAAAUAUGAUAAGAAAUUUCUUAUCAAUUCGUAAUAAUAAUUUUGAAGCUAAUGAUACUUUUCAUAUGUUAUAUAGAGAUGUAAUUGUAGAAAACUUAAAAAUUAUUAAAAAUUUAAAUAGUAAAGAAACAGAAGCUAAUUUACUCAUACUUUAUUUGACUAUAUGUUAAAAUCCUUACGAAGAAUUUAAAGAUAUCAAUUAUGAUUUCAAUACUUUCUAUGAGGAAACAGAAAAUUUAAGUCUAUCAGAAAUUUAAGAAAAGCUUCUUAAAAAAGGAAUAAAAUGA